AAAAAUACUAAAUAAAUAUAACAAGAAAAAUACAAAAGCUUCAUUAUUUUUAAAAGUUUUUAUUAAAAUAAAAUAAAUUGACCCACUGAGAGGGCAUGAGUAUAAGAAGGGCGUGUCCGGUUCAAAAAUUUCAAAUUUGAAAACAGAACAAACGGUCAACUUUUUCUCAAUUGCACAACGCAGAUUGAAUGCUCUUGCCUUUUCUUUUUACUUUUUAAUAUUAUUACAUAUUCAAAUCCAACAGUACUCAUCAAUGGAAGAUCACACUCAUCAAUGGCAGGACUCUGAUCCACUUCUCCUCACUGACGUUUCAUGCCACUACACUCAACCUCAUUCUCCAAGAUCUUCGACUUUCAAUAUGGAGGAUCCUGAUUCUUCUUCCAACCCAGAUAACGGUCGCUCCGUGCUCGGUUUUUCUUUAACAUCUCCUGAUCUGGUUAUUUGCGGGGGUUCCCCUGAGAUACCGAUGACUAUCUGUGGAGAUUCCCCUGAAUUCUCGGAAAGGAACAAGUAUAAGUGUUCUUUUGAGCUCUCUCUAGAGAAUGGUAUCAAGGAUACUGAUACCAAAGAUACCCAUAAAUCCCCAUCUGUAAAGUUUUCUUCAAUAUGCCAAACAUUUGACAGAGAAUUGUCUCCUGAAUCUUCCUUGGAGCUCCUUGUAGAGCCAUCAGAGGGAGAGAAAUUCCCAGAAAACCACCCAUCUGCUGGAAGUAUCAAAGCAGAAUCCACUGAUGUGGAAGCUCAAUUGUUGAAACCAAUGGGAACCUCUGAAGCGGCAGAAUGCAACUCACCUAAACAAGGUAAUAGUGAGCAAGAAGUGAAAGGAGAUUACCAGGAGCUACUUAGACUUGUUGAGUUUCAGAAAAGGGAACUAAUGGAGACGAGGAGGGCAUUGGAGGAAUUUAAGAAGGAAAAUCAACUUAAGGAUAGGGAAUGCCAAGAUGCUUGGAAAUCUUUACAGGAUCUCCAGAAUGAGCUUAUGCGCAAGUCUAUGCAUGUUGGGUCCUUGGCAUUUGCCAUUGAGGGACAAGUGAAAGAGAAGAGCAAAUGGUUUUCAUCAUUGAGGGACAUGACUAGGAAACUGAAGCUUAUGAAAAUGGAGCACAUAAAGCUAUCAGAGGAGGCAUCUGGAUUUAAGAAGUGCCUUACUGAUAUGGAGGAUAUGAGGUCUGCCAUUCAGUCCAAGAUGAAGGAGCAAAUAGAUUUGCAUGAAGAUCUCAAGAUUAAAUUUGUUGAAGGGGCCAGGGAACAAAAGGAACUGUACAAUAAGGUUUUAGAGUUGAAAGGAAACAUUAAAGUAUUUUGCCGAUGCAGGCCAUUAAAUGCUGAAGAACUUUCAUUAGGUGCUUCAAUGGCUAUUGAUUUCGAAUCUGCUAAAGAUAGUGAGCUCACUGUAAUUUCAAAUGGGGUACCCAGAAAAACCUUCAAGUUUGAUGCUGUCUUUAGCCCUCAAGCAGAUCAAGCUGAUGUUUUUAAAGACACUGCUCCAUUUGCAAUCUCUGUUUUGGAUGGGUUCAAUGUAUGCAUAUUUGCUUAUGGACAAACUGGAACUGGGAAAACGUUUACAAUGGAGGGUUCAGCAGAAGCUCGCGGGGUGAACUUUAGGAUCCUUGAGGAGAUAUUUCGCGUUAUUAAGGAGCGCCACAUGCUAUUUCACUACGAUGUAUCAGUGAGCGUUCUAGAGGUAUAUAAUGAGCAAAUACGAGAUUUGCUGGGUUCAGGCUCCCAGCCAGGAGUGGCUGCAAAGAGGUUGGAAAUCAGGCAAGUGGGUGAAGGUCUGCAUCAUGUCCCAGGUUUGGUCGAAGCACAGGUAAACAGCAUAAGUGAGGCUUGGGAAGUUCUACAAACUGGAAGUAAUGCAAGAGCAGUUGGCUCAACAAAUGCCAAUGAGCAAAGCAGCCGAUCCCAUUGCAUUCACUGCGUGAUGGUGAAAGGAGAGAAUUUAUUGAAUGGGGAAUGUACAAAGAGCAAGUUAUGGUUGGUUGAUCUAGCAGGGAGUGAACGAAUAGCAAAAACAGAAGCCCAAGGAGAGAGGCUCAAGGAAACUCAAAAUAUCAACAGAUCCUUAUCUGCACUUGGUGAUGUCAUAUCUGCUCUUGCAACUAAAAGCCCCCACGUCCCAUUCAGGAAUUCCAAGCUCACCCAUCUGCUUCAAGAUUCCUUAGGAGGAGAUUCAAAGACACUCAUGUUUGUACAGAUAAGCCCCAUUGAAAAUGACCUGGGUGAGACCCUAUGCUCACUGAACUUUGCGAGCAGAGUGAGAGGGAUUGAGUUGGGUCCUGCAAAAAGGCAAUUGGACACUACUGAACUUCUCAGAUACAAACAGAUGGCUGACAAAUCAAAACAAGACUUAAAGACUAAAGAUAUUCAAAUCAAGAAAAUGGAGGAGACUAUUCAUGGAUUAGACAUGAAGGUGAAAGAAAAAGACCUCAGAAAUAAGAACCUUCAGGAAAAGGUAAAGGAGCUGGAGUCACAACUGCUAAUUGAAAGGAAGCUAGCACGUCAGCAUGUAGACUUAAAGAUAGCAGAGCAACAGAACCAACAAAUGAAAAUGCAGCAAGAUGAGCAAGCAGCACCGAGGCCACCAUUCGCAAACAGACUAUUAGGAAGUAACAAGAAUUCCAAUGAACAUAAAACUAUUUCAACGGGCAACGAUCAAGUAAAUUCCUGUCAACCACUUGCGGAGAACAACAGCUACAAACCUACACUUCUUCCCCUUCUAACAGAUGACAUUGCCAAGUAUAUUGAUCCCACAGAAAAAGAAAACAACCCAGAGAUGACUGAACAACUAGCAUUGCCAAAGAGAACUGGCAGAGCCUCAAUUUGCACAACAGCACAACGGAUCCCAGUAGCUCCAGCUCCACGACGCACCUCACUUAUUCCCCUACCAAACGUGCGCGGUUUAGCUCAGCUGGCACCGCAACUUGUACCAUUGUCAUUAUGCAAUGAUGAUAUGCAAGAAGAAACAGAAGGGUCUGAAGCUAACUGCACGCCAGAGCAAAUUAGCAAUAGUCCUAAAGGAAAAAAACAAGGCACCAGAAAGCUAAGCAGCAUAUUGAGACGAAGCAUUCAAAAGAAAGCUCAGACUCCAGCACAGCAACAUCUAAGGAAAGGAGGUAUAAAUGUUGGGAUGGAGAAGGUAAGGGUCUCCAUUGGAAGUAGAGGGAAGAUGGGUCAUAGGGUAUUGCUAGGCAAUGGCAGAAGAGGAGGAAUGAAGGAUACUCAGCAGAACAGGAAUCAAAGGGAAAAGGAGAGAGGAUGGAAUAUUGGAACGGUUGGAAGAACUGGAAUUUGAAGAUUGUGUUAUUUAUGACUUAAAUUUUCUUUCAUGAGAGAAGGAGAAAAAAAGAAUCAGCUUUUAUUGAUUCUUUGUAGUGCUAAAUCAUCUGUUUGAAUCCAUGUAAUUGAAUGGUUGAUGUACAGCAUGUGCUUCUUGCAAGAAUUCAAAUAUUCUUUUGUGGGCUAUUUACUAUUAUAACAAUUGAAAUAUUGAAAACUCUAUCCGAGUCGGUGUCACCCAAUCAAUUCAAACAUGUCAGGUUAAAAGUCAUGGUAGAAUGCAUGAUGAGCUUAUUGAUUUGUUCACAUCUUAAAGUUGUUGUGUUUGGUUUUGAAAAGA